AUGCAACCACGAAAGCCGAAACCAGAUAUGAAAAUGGGCAUGAGUAGGGGAAAGCUGGGAGAUAUGCGAAUCUUUAAAGUAACCACGGUUCCCCCCAUACCGGAUUGGUGUCUACGACCUCCUGGGCCUCCGUCUGCAGAAGAUAGCGAGCCGGACUACGAGGACAUGGUGGAGCAUUCGCACCAGGAGGCGGUGACUGCAGCAACUGCCCCGCAGUUUGUUGCCGGGUUGUUUGCCCCAAUCAUGGCUGGGGGCGCUGUGAAGCAUCGUGGAAUGCACUAUGUGGACGGAACUAUGGCUUACCCAGGCCUCUACCCGGGCUACGUCCAUGCGCUAGCCGCCGCGACCCAAGCUGCAUCUCUAGCGGCAGCUGCAGGUCACCAUCCCCACCACCACCAUCAUCAAGCGGCUGCGGCCGCCGCAGCUGCAGCUGCAAAGCGCAAGCGCAGACACCGGACAAUCUUCAGCGAGGAACAACUGGAGCAACUUGAGGCCACUUUCGAGCAGACGCACUACCCGGACGUCGUGCUCAGGGAACAGUUGGCCAUGAAGGUGGAUCUUAAGGAAGAAAGGGUUGAGGUAGGUCUAGUCAUAACAGGAUUUAUUAGUUACUAG